AGUAUUCCCUCUCCUCCCUCCCACUUUGUCUCAAAUCCAAUCAGAUGAAACGCUUUCACGCCGAAAGCUAAGAAUCUCUCUUUCUCUGUUCGUAUUUCGGGUUUGAAUUUGUUCCAGAUUUCCGAUCGUUGGACCAUUCUUUCAUAAUUUUCCAUCCUAUUUUCUUGUCCUACAACUUUCCCAGAAAAUAUUUGGGGUACCUGAUCAAAGAAUUUGAAACAUUCUGCACGCUUCUCCGGUUUAGGGUUUUUCUCUGUCUGUCCUUUUCUAGAACCAAGCAAACCCCCGAGGCCAUGAAGGCUAAUCCCACACCCAAGAAGAGAAGUAUCACCCUCCAAUACGACAUCGUUUCGACUCUCUCAGAAGCGAAUCGGCUGGUUUCCAGCCAGAAGAAGCUCCGAAGACUCCCCCACAUAUUCACACGAGUUCUGGAGCUUCCCUUUCGGUCAGACGCCGACGUCUCCGUAACGGAAACCCCCGACCACCUCCGGUUCGCCGUCACCACCGACGACGUGGGCGACGAUGUCCGAACCCAAACAAUCCAACUCCACCCUGGCGUCACGAAGGUGGUGAUCAGAGGCAGGAACUUUCUGGAUUUGUCCCUGGACGGACUGGGGGUGGAGCUCGAUCUCGAUUUGUGGCGGUUCCGGCUCCCGGCGUCGACGUUGCCGGAGAUGGCGAGCGCCGCUUACAGUGAUGGAGAGUUGGUUGUGACGGUUCCGAAGUGUGGUGCUGAUGAUGAUGAAGAAGGGGUUUGGAGCGCAGGGACUAGGCCUUUGGUUCUUGUACAGUGAAUUUUAAGAACUGAUUUUUCGGUCCAAGAAAAUAAAUUGGUAGUGAAUAAACUUUUUCUUUUCUUGGUCAAGUUUGAAUCUUGAAUUCUAUCACCAAGAUGAUAGUUUCUGAAUCUUUCAACUUAACACCAUGUUUGGAUGAGAAUAGAAUUCAAUCCGAUUGCCCAAA